AUGAAGAUGUUUCGAGUCGUUUGCAGCCUUGUACUGGUUGUUGCUGCUGCUUCAGCCGUCUACGUUCCAACCGAUCAUGGAUACACUGGCUCCAAGAACUCAGUCCGAAAGAUCUUCCACAACGUCGCGGAAGACGAACCGAAAGCACCGGCGACUCCGAUGGAGCAUCAUCACGAGGCGCAUGAUCACAUCGUCGACUAUUACGCACCGAUCAACUACAAGUUCGAAUACGGCGUAAAGGACCCACAUACUGGCGAUCACAAGACGCACUGGGAGGAACGCGAUGGAGAUGUUGUGAAGGGUGCCUACACAAUUCUGGAUGCUGAUGGUAGUUCCCGGUUGGUCGAGUACACUGCCGAUCCGCAUCAUGGAUUUAACGCAGUCGUCAAAAAGAUCGAACAUGCGCACGUGCCUAAGAAGGAAGCGCACCACGUGGCCCCGGCUCACGAAGAACCAAAAGAAGAGCACCAGCACCACCAUCACCAGAAGGAUGAGCACGUGCCGCACCAGCACCUGCACCACUAUCAGUAUCAGGUACCGGAGCACCACGGAUAUGGACAUGCUAAGGGCUACUAG